AAGUAUAUCGGAAUUAACUGAUUCUCAAAUCUUAAAUAUUAUAGAUCGGGUAACGAAUGAAACACGUGACAUCUUGACCACUGGUCAGGAACAAAAUUAUAUGACCAAAAAAUCUGAGACUAGUGAAAAAAUCUUGCCUGAAGAAAAUUUAUCCUUAUCAGCCGAAGAGGAGGAUUAUCUAAAAAUGAUCACAGGAUCUAUUGACGAGGAGACCGCUUAUUAG